UGUGUGUGUGUGCUGUGUGUAAGCGUGGGUGUGCUCUGAUUCAGGAAGUGUGUGUGUGUGUGUUUGUGUGUGUGCGUGUGUGUAUGUGUGUGUGAGUGCGUGUGUGAAUUAGGAGGAGGAAGCUCAGUUUGGCCUCUCCCUCUCUCUACCCCUCCUUCCCUGCCUCCCACCCUCUGAGUUUUGCAGCAUCCCGGUAACUAAUGACCUCGCUUCCACUGUGCAGAGAAGAGAGGCACCUGCUGCUCCUUAAUGACUUCAGCUUUUCUGUGUCGCGAGCAGUGCAGAUACACUGAGAACAACAGCAUCCCGCUGCUGCCGUGACUGUACUCGUGAAGGUGUUGGGCCAGCAACCCCCGCCCACCCACCCCCCCCACGGCUCUGCAGGUGAGAGAUUAGAGGAAGCUCCAAAAGGCGUCUGAGUGAGAAUAAACACCACUCCCUUCAUCCAGGGACUGUGCUGCAGAACCCGGGAAUGACUGAACGUUUUGUGCCGAACUCCUUAAAUUGACUAGAAGGGAAAUGAAGCAGUGAAGAGCUGCCAAGCUGCCUCUAGUCCUUCCCCAAGCAAAUGAUGCUGUCAUCAAUGCCCGUCUGAUGGCUCGGCUCCCUGCUCCUCCCUGCCCUCAGCCACUUGUUAAUUGAAAGGCUUCAGAGAACAGCUAAUGCAGUAGAACAAUGACCGACGAAGUGGGCUCAAGCUCCCCCGAACUCUCCACCCCUCCUUGUCCGACCCCAUCUGGCACGGCGGAGGACAGUUCGACAGCGAGCCAGGUGGACGGGAACGGCGCGCUGGGAAUGAGUGGUCUCAUUGCUACCUGCUGCAUCUGCAUGGAGGUGGAGCGUGUGCGAACUUGCUUGAACUCGGAGAAGAUCUGCAUUGUGCCCAUCUUGGCCUGCUUGGUGAGCUUGGGGCUUUGCAUUGCCGGCCUCAAGUGGGUUUUCGUGGACAAGAUAUUUGAGUACGAACCUCUGACACACCUUGAUCCCAAGCGCAUAGGGCAGGGUCCUAUAAUCCCUGCUGACCAAGCAACAGUGGCAGAAUGGCCCCCAUCAGCUGCCUUUACCACCACCAUUCCGAUAUCUGAUUUGAGCCAGACACAGAGCACUCCUGAUGACUCUUUGGUACUCACCUCAACGCCCUUCACCGCCCCUUCCUCACAUCCCCCAACCUCCUCUCCAUUCUUCCUGUCCUCCAUCGUUUUCGAAGCUUUCUCCCCCGAAACUGUAGUCACCAAAAGUCGUGAGGUGACAGAGUCGACAUCUGUAUCACCUCCCCAAAUGACCGACACAAACCUCGUUAUCGCACCAGCGUUUACUACCACAUCACCAACACCCUGGUCAGGCCAUGCAAGGCCAUGCAACGAGAGCAAUCGGCACUACUGUGUGAACGGGGGACAGUGUUUCGUUAUCAAUGGUAUUAAUAAGCUCUCCUGUCAGUGUCCAAAUGAGUUUACUGGUGAUCGCUGCCAAAACUACGUAAUGGCCAGUUUCUACAAGCAUCUUGGAAUUGAAUUUAUGGAGGCUGAGGAGCUCUACCAGAAGCGAGUACUGACGAUUACAGGGAUCUGUAUUGCUGUUUUGGUGGUUGGCAUCAUGUGUGUGGUGGCGUACUGCAAAACAAAAAAACAGAGAAAAAAGUUGCAUGAUCGUCUAAGGCAAAGUCUCCGCUCUGAGCGAAACAACAUGGUAAAUCUUGUAAAUGGACCCCAUCAUGCAAACCCCCCAGCAGAAAAUGUUCAACUGGCAAAUCAAUAUAUACUGAAAAACCCUGGAUCCACUGAACAUGUCAUUGAGCGAGAGACGGAGACCUCAUUUUCAACAAGUCACUACACAUCAACAGCCCAUCACUCCACUACAGUCACCCACACCCCCAGCCAUAGCUGGAGUACGGGCCAGACGGAAAGUGUCAUCUCAGACAGUCACUCAGUGCUUGUGACAUCAUCGAUGGAAACCAGCAGGCAGACGAGCCCAGCCAAUCACAGAGGUCGCCUCAAUGGGGUGGCAGGUCGGCGGGAGAUGCUCAUCUGCGUGAGGAAUUCGAGAGAUACUCCAGACUCUCUCCGAGAUUCGCCGCAUAGUGAAAGGUUCGUCUCUGCCAUGACCACCCCAGCUAGAAUGUCACCUGUCGAUUUCCGAACCCCCAUGUCUCCGAUGUCACCCGGUUCUGAGAUGUCGCCACCAGUCUCCAGCCUGACGAUAUCCAUGCCCUCGGUUCCUAUCAGCCCUUCGAUCGAAGAAGAGAGACCCCUUCUCCUGGUGACACCGCCCCGGCAGAGGGAAAAGAGGCAGGAUGCUUACAAGCAGUACCGUGGUUCAGCCAGGGACAGCGCCAGUGUCCCAGCCAGCCCUCAGAGGGUGGUCGAGGACGAUGAAUAUGAGACCACACAGGAGUACGAGCUGGCCCUUGAGCCUCCUAAGAAAGGGGCCAGCAGCAGGAGGGGGAAAAGAACAAAGCUUAAUGGCCAAAUAUCACACAAAGUGGAAAAUGAGAGCAAUCCAACCUCAAACAGCAAUAGCUCUGACAGCGAAACUGAAGAUGAACGAAUAGGUGAAGAGACGCCAUUUCUGACCAUACAGAACCCCAUAGCAGUCAGUGGAGAAUCAGCCCCUGCAUACCGAUUGGCUGAGAACAGGACUAACUCUACCAAUAGGUACUCAGCACAGGAAGAGUUGCAAGUCAGGCUGACCAAUGUAAUGGCUAAUCAGGACCCUAUUGCCGUUUAACACCACAUCGAUGCACCAGUAAAACUUUAUUUUAUAUAAUGAAGUACUCCGGAUACUUUACUUUAAAUUAAACAUUUUAUUUUAUUUUAGCAGAAGAACCUUGCAGCUGGUAGAGAGUCUACAAGUUUUUAUAGAUUAAAAUAUAUAUAUGUAAAAAAAAGUUAGCAUUCACAAUACUAAUGUGCCAUAUGUAGCGUUUUUACAGUAUUUCAACACAGAAAGAUAUCAAUGGUGCCUUUAUGUUACUUUAUGCUGAGAACAACUAGUGCAUCAGUUUCAAGCAACUUCUAUCCAGCCUGAGGGAUUUCCUUCAGAUGUCCAAUGUAUUAUCUCUGAGCACUAAAGCUUGGGGUAUCUGUAGUGUUUAGUGUGGGAUAUCAUAAGUUGAUUAUCAACAACAGCAAGAGGGAAUAAGACUUAAGAAACACACAUGGGAGGGAGUGAAGAAGAUGUUUGACUCUGAGAUUUUAAUCUUGCUCAAUAGUAUUUCACAGCUGUGAUUUCUGGUGGCACCUAAAGUUUAUAAAGUUAAACUAAAACUUUCCUACAGAGAGAUCUGAGCCAGAGACUUGGAGGAAAAAAAACAUCAGAACCUUAGAGCUCUCCAACUGGGGAUUUGUCUCAAGAGGAAACCUGUUACAGCAACUAAUCACUUCACAUCUCGGAAUGCAAACUGAUGUAAAGAUUUUGCAAAAUACAGAGCAUUAUAUGUGUGUAGGGGGACACAGUUAGAUGAAAUUAGUUCCAUGAAGCUGCUCGCUUUGACUGAGGACAGGCAGUUUAUUUGGUGUUUUUUGCUGGUUCCAUGCUGUACUCUGCAGAGUAGCUUUUUUUGAAAAGCCAACACAGUAUUCCCCUUCAACCCAUCCUUCCCAUCCCCCAACUUCUAUCAGACACCAGUAGAUCUCAGUUGAAUAUGUCUGCUUCACUUGGAGGAGUUUUAGUGAACUUUGAGCUGCACAGUUAGUUGAGUUGCUGUUGAGAUGGCAAAGAAAGAUCAGGAGUGGGUCACUCAGAAUGAAUAGUGUCUUCCAUUCCACAAUUUGCUAAUGAGAGGACAAAGGAUUCUGGCUGAUGGCCUGUAUUCUGGAGUAUACUAGAAACUUAUAGUUGGUCUCCACUUUAGGAUUCAGUAAUGAUACCAAAUCAUUUAGAACAGUGUGUUAUACAUUCUUCUUGUUAUCAGCUUAGUGCCAUCAGCUAUAACUAAACCAGAUUUCUGUGUCACGCAGUGUUUACCUCUCAUGAACUGACACUGUGGCAGUAUUAAUCCUUUAAUAUAACACCAAUUGGAGGAGCAGAUGACUGCACAUAGAAGUUUAAAAUAUUAAAACAUCUAGCAAAAGGACAAAGUUUCUGAUAUCUUCCUGUGUUUGUGAAACAAACGCAUUUAAAACCUCUUUCAAAUAUUUUUUCUGUUCAAUUGUGUACUUCAUUAUCACUCCAGUCGAUGUAGCUGCAACAGUUUCAGUUACUUCUUUGCAAUAAAGAAAGCCGGAUGCCUCCUGAAUUCUCAAUCCUUAACUCUCUGAUUUUUAAGGCUUUAUAAGUUCAACUGUUUAAAAUGCAGGGAAACCCCAAAGGGUACUGUGCUGUCAAACCAGUUCUUUGAACUUACUGAAAAUCCAAAUUAUUCAAAGUUGCAAUGGUAUGUUUCUAAUCAGCAUGAGUCCAUUCUAUCAUUAUGAUAGAGAUGUGACAGAAAUGUCAAGUGUGUCAACCCUAUAUUUUCAUUACCUUUAGCAUUGCAUCGUUUUAAAUCACUGGGUGCAUGUUAAUUAUACAGAAGCAGUGAUGUGCGAUGUUAACCCACUUGUGACUCCAAUGGCAUGUCUGUGGCUUUGUAAUGAAAAAGGAUAGUAAUAUUUGACAGCUAUGCAAAGCAUCUGGCUAGGCUAGACAUUUCCCACAUUCCUUAUCACAGUUUCAAAUUAAUUUUUAUGCAUCUGAGGCAAUACACCUUUUUAAAAAUGCAAAGAUAAAAUAUUUGGUGUAUUUUUCCAGGUGCAGAGGAAUAGGAUAUUACUGGCUGUUUAUGCAAGAAGGGGAGGUAUCAGGUAUCAGUUGAAGUGGCUUAGCUUUGGGCAGUCAAUAAGAGCACUUGGCUUCUGAACUUCAAACCAGACAAGUUCUGAUGUCCAGCAAUUAAUUGAAAGUGUAGUUGCAUAUCAGCUCCUCCCAUCCUCUGGAAAGUGACUCCCUUCAGGGAAAGGUAAUUGGUUUGAUUUUGUUUAACACCAGUCAUCCUUACCCUAGUGAAAAUGGAUUUUACAUCACUACUGAGACCUUCCACAAGCUGUGGUUUCCAGUGGGUUACGCAAAAUGAAAACAGCAGGGGUGCACUCAAACACUGUUAUUUCCCCUUUAGGUUUGGCUUGGAGAAAGUCUGCUCUGAAAUUAAGUAGGAAUUUUGUUGAGGUGCUUCUAAUCAAAUGUUUCCACCACGUUCAAUUUGCAAAUAUUGAAGCACCAUUGAAUGAUAAAUGAUUGUACCAAGUGUUCACUCUUCUGACAUACAGUGCGCAUGCUACACAUCCUAAACUGCCAGGUGCACGCGCAUGUGAUAUAAUAACUGUCCUUUCUAAAUGUGCAUGAGAUAUAAACAGUAUACCGAAAUCAGCUUUUGGUUGAAUCAAAUGCAGUUUACAUCUUUCGACUGCACCCCUACAGUUUUCAACAGUACUCUUGACGGCUUUCCAUAAUUCACUGAAGACAUUACCCACAUUAUUAGCUGGUAUUAUUUAGAGACGCAUGCUUACUAUGCAGUUAAAUGUUUAGGUAGGACACUGGGAUAUUAUGGCCAGAUUGCUUGAAGCAGAUAACAGCUGAAGGGGGGACAGAUUUUGAGCAUGUCACAGACAAAGGGCUUCUUUGCAAAAAUCACUCCAACUAACUUGGAACAAAAAAUAGAGAGAAAAAUAAAAGCUGGGGUGGGAGGAGGGAUUGGGGGAAAAUAGAAGUGGAUGUAGAUCAAAGGGAAAAGAAUAUGUGCUGAAUCUUGACGGUGUCUUAUAUUAUUGACUGGUCAUUUCCAUAAGAUUGGUUUACAGAAGCUAAUGAGUUCCAAGAAAGAGAUUUUGUAUUCAGACCAGAGGACAAUUGAUGCCUGCAAACAUUUGUCUGUAUUUUGGCACUCCCCUAUUUUUAUUUUAAUUGUUUCAUUUUUAUGUAUGCAGGGGAGAGAGAGGUAAGACUAUGUAUGGAACCAAAGCAUCUUCUUUGGUAGUGGCUUUAUUUGUCCUGUACCUGUUAUUAAUAAUGAACUUCCCUGUGAAAACUGUCCAAUGUUGCUCUGUGAAUAUCAUGGCAGUAGAAUUAUUAUUUAUAUCACAACUUUAUGGCAGUCAGUGAAUUUUGUUUCACUUUUAUUUGUAAAAUAACCUCUGAAAAAUAUAUGUUCUAUGUUUCACAUUUUUUUCUGAUUUUUUUGGUUUUUUAAAAAAAUUAAAAACAUAUAAAAAUAAUUUAUUGUCAAGUAUAAAGACGAUCUAUAUCUUUCUUGUGAAGAAAAUAUAAUCCGCAUCUAAUUGUUAGAUGCUGCAAAUCCAGUAUGUGCAAAUUGCAAAACAUCUUGAUGCAUUUUUUGUUUUUGAUUUUCAAUGUGGCUUUCUAAGAAAAAAAAAACCCUGCAAGUUAUAUUUCACUUCAGCUGAAGCUGAAUUUGCAAUUGGUGGAACAGGAGUGGGAAUGUACUUAACACAAGUUCAA